UGCUUACAGCCAUGUACCAAUGGUGCGCUCCAAUUUACUCAGAAAAUGAUAGAAGAUCAAGAAAUACUUGUCUCAUCUUUGAGCCAACAAGGAAUUUCGGAACCAUUAAUACGUCGUCACUUUGAACGAUUGCUUGAGGAGCAAAGUAAACAACUGCUCAUGUUGAACGAAAACAGACUGGUGGAGCAAAAAAAAUCGAAAAUAGAUUUAUUUAAAUUUAAAAAACAAAAUCAAAAGAGAAAUAAUUACGAAACGCAAGAAAAAUCGUAUAGCGUAAAUUACAACUCGGCUCAAGCCAUCGACAAACCUAACUGUGCAUGCGCCUCUAAAAUUACUGUUAACGCUGCACAAAGCAAUCAGGAACAACAACAAUGCGUAAGGAAUAAUGAAGAGGAAAGUAAAAUGAUUUUCGAUUCGCAGGAAAACAAUCGUCCGCAUAAGGUGGAGCCAUCAAGCCUAAUGAAAAUUCGUUUACAAAGAGAAGUUGUCAAUACGCAAAGAAGAAACAAUGGACUACAAAACGAUACAGUGGCUCUUGAAAUAAUUCAAAAUUGUAAGAACGAUAAGGACAAGCACGUACCGGUAAAUCAUUCAAAUGAUUCGGUAUAUGUGCGAUUGAAUGGCACGCAAGAUAAAUUAGCAUUAGAAAAUUAUCAAUCAAUUUACGCUACGGAAACCCUUAAAAAGCAAGAAAAACGAACGCCAUAUAAUGGAUUGGAAAAUAUAAGAAAUUCAGAUAAUCCGCAAUUAGCGCCAAAGUCUCUUAAAUGUCGUGCUCAACAGCUCCUGAACGAACAAACCGGAGUUUCGUAUCCCCCACAAAAAUCAUAUCCCCAUUACUCUACUCCAGUUACGAAUUCCAGUAAUGAUAAUGGAAAAUACUCGGAGCAAUAUAGCAAUGACGCUGAUUCACAAUCUCAAUAUGAGAAUGAAGCACAAUUGCAGCCUCCGAAUGAUGUUUGCCACAAUGAAUGUAAUUCUCCUCAUUGUACCAAUCAAAGCAACUUAACAUAUUGGCCAGAAUUUCAGGAACCAAAGAUUAUUGGUGGCUUAACGUACUUUGCUAGAAAACCACAAUCGAUACCAAAUCAAAAAAAUCUGAAUGUUGAAAAUCACAAAUGUUCUAGUAGUGAGAAAUUUUAUGUAUCUUAAAUUGUUUGUACAAAAUUGCUUGUGAUUGUGACAAACGUUCGUUAACAUUAAAUAAAUUAUUCGUCAUUA